GCUGGCUGACCAACGUCAGAUCUCAUUGCCGUACGGAUAGGGGACAGCAGUCCGGAUAACGAGCGGUCGAAGAAUGCCGAGGAAGUUUGCACAAGGGAUUUUGCAUCUCAAGGAGAAUGACCGCGCAACCGAUUACGUGCAAGGCUGCUGUGUGCUGGGGCGCCAAGCAGGAUUUCGUCGUGGAAGACGUAAUCGUGGGCCCUCCUGCGGAAGGAGAAGUGCGCAUUAAGAUCUUGGCGACGGGAGUGUGCCAUACUGACGAGUACACUCGCUCGGGUCAAGAUCCCGAAGGGUUGUUCCCGUGCAUCAUGGGUCAUGAAGGCGCUGGUGUAGUGGAAAGCAUUGGUGCGAACGUGACGUCUGUUCAAGUGGGCGACCACGUGAUCCCUUGCUAUACGCCGCAGUGCCGCAAUUGCAAGUUCUGCAAGUCCAACAAGACCAACUUGUGCUCGGUCAUUCGCUCCACUCAAGGCCGUGGGUUGAUGCCCAACGGCACCUCUCGCUUCACGUGCAAGCGAAAUGGAGAGACAAUUUACCAUUUCAUGGGAACGUCGACGUUCUCUGAAUACACCGUGCUCCCUGAAAUCUCUGUCGCCAAGAUCAACAAGUCUGCUCCCUUGGACAAGGUGUGCUUGUUGGGCUGCGGGAUUACAACGGGCUAUGGUGCUGCGCUCAACACGAUGCAAGUGGAACCGAACUCGACGGUGGCCGUGUUCGGUAUCGGCGCCGUCGGGUUGGCGGUCAUCAUGGGAUGCAAGGCGGCUGGCGCGCGUCGCAUCAUCGCCGUGGACAUCAACCCCAAGAAGUUUGCAAUUGCCAAGGAAUUUGGUGCGACCGAAUGCGUCAACCCCAAGGACCACACGGCACCCAUCCAGCAGGUAUUGACCGACUUGACAGUCGAAGACGGCUUUGGCGGUCUCGAUUACACGUUCGAGUGCAUUGGUUUGGCUGAGACGAUGCGCGCUGCGCUCGAGUGCUGCCAUAAGGGAUGGGGCCAGAGCUGCAUCAUUGGCGUUGCCGCCAGCGGGGUCGAAAUCGCCACUCGCCCCUUCCAGCUUGUGACUGGACGUCGCUGGGCGGGAUCAGCUUUUGGCGGGUACAAAAGUCGUGACGGCGUCCCUGCUCUCGUCGAACAGUACCUCAAGAAGGAAGUCAAGGUCGACGAGUUUGUGACCCAUCACUUCCCUCUCGCCGAAAUCAACGAAGCGUUCCAUGCCAUGCACAGCGGCGACUGCAUCCGCGCCAUCGUCCACUUGGAUCAGUAGGCUCUUGUAAUGGAAAAGCACUUGUGACUGGCGCAAGUGAUUUGAAAAUUCCAAUCGGCUGAGUCGAUCACGACACCCGUCGUCGGAAAAUCCGUCGUCGGAUAUGCAGGCUAGCAAUGCAGAAAACAGGGAGGGUGCUGUCACGACUUGCGAAACUGAAGUGCGCUCGAUAUCUUCGUCAUGUCGAUGGGUGCAUCAGUUCGCUCGUUCGUCCACAACUGGACCUGGCGCUUGUCAUGGCGGUGCAUUCGCAGAACGAGUCGAAAUUUGUCUAGAGGGUGAGGGCGACCCGCACUGGAAGCAAACACGACUUCUCGGGGGUUGCCUCUACACAUUCCAAGCGACCACCGUGCGUUGAAUCAUAUCCUUAGCUAUCGUGACCGACGUGGCACGCCGCCAACGAUGAUCAUGCCUGUGGACCUGGAUGCGGAAGACGC